AUGAAAUCGAGUAUUUUCUUUUCUGUUGCUUGUUUUAGCGUAGAGGCAAAUGUCAGGUGUGGAGACAUACGUUUCGGAGAUCCCGGUCAAUUCGGUCCAGUGAGUUUGACAAGUUACCCUGGCUCUGGAAACACUUGGGUGAGAUAUCUUAUCGAAGAGUUUACUGGCUACUACACAGGGAGUGUCUACCACGAUGGAAAGCUUUUCAAGGGAGGAUUCAAAGGAGAAAUAGAGGACUGGAGCGAAGGAAGAGUCGUCAUCACGAAAUCCCAUACUUAUCGACCGAAAGAAAAUGCUCUGGCUGAUGCAAUUAUGCUCAUAAGAAAUCCUUAUGAUUGCUUUUUGUCUGAAUUCAACAGAGUUAUAAGCGGCGCCGAUCACACUGGAAAAGCAGAGACAAAAGAUUUCAUGUCAGAAAGAUGGGUUAAAAACGAAUUUGAAAAGUACGCAGGACGCUGGUAUCGACUGUACGCAAAUUUGAUCAACAGUGGAUAUGACACUCUUCCUAUCAUUUACGAAGAUAUGAAAGCAGACCCCCAGAAAGAGAUGGAAAAGGUCGUCAAUUUUCUGGAUGUCCGGACUGACUAUGAGUCCAAAUACGAGUGUCUUUUCGGAGAAAACUCCCAAAGAUUCAAAAGAUCAAGCGGUAGAGACGUUGAUCCAUAUCUUUUUGUCAACGAAGAACACCUCAAGCCAGUAAACGAAGCGAUCAAUAAUCUCUCUGCUCUGCUAAAGAAAACCCAUGGGUAG